CUAGAUUCUGAGCGUUCUCAUCUCUCCUCGUUCACGAUGAAGUUGAAGGGCAAGUUUCAUUCACCAAAAAUAAAGAGAACACCAUCAAAGAAAGGGAAGCAAGCUGAGCUGACAGUGAAAACACCGGAGAAGUCAGUGAACAAAAAUGUAUCAUGGCUAGAGGAAAAGGAGAAGGAGGUUGUCAGUGCACUGCGCUACUUUAAGACUAUUGUGGACAAAAUGGCAAUUGAUAACAAAGUAUUAGAGAUGCUGCCAGGCUCAGCAAGUAAAGUGCUGGAAGCCAUCCUGCCCUUGGUGCAAACUGACCCACGCAUCCAGCAAAGUUCUGCCAUCUCAUCCUGCUACAGCCGAGUUUACCAGAGCCUGGCCAACCUCAUCCGCUGGUCUGACCAGGUGAUGCUGGAGGGGGUCAAUUCAGAGGACAAGGAGAUGGUGACAACAGUGAAGGAUGUCAUAAAAGCUGUUCUGGAUGGAGUCAAGGAGCUGGUCAGACUCACGAUUGAAAAACAGGAGCAUCCCUCUCCCACAAGCCCAGUUAAACCCAGUUUACCAGCAUGUAAAUCUGACAGCCCAUCAGAACUUCCCCUUACCGACCGAGAAAUGGAGAUCCUCAACAAAACAACCAAUCUGACUCAAUCCAGUGAGCUGCUGACUGACUCCAUGGAUGAAGAAGUUGCACCUCCUAAACCCCCUCUGCCCAGCAUUCGUGUGGCAGAGAACAGCCCUCCACCAGCAUUGCCCCCUAAAAAACGUCAAUCAGCACCUUCCCCAACCAGAGUGGCUGUUGUGGCCCCCAUGAGCCGAGCUACCAGUGGGUCCAGUUUACCUGUUGGGAUCAACAGACAGGAUUUUGAUGUUGACUGCUACGCCCAGAGGAGGCUGUCAGGUGGAAGCCACUCCUAUGGGGGGGAGUCUCCUCGCCUGUCCCCGUGCAGCAGCAUUGGCAAACUGAGCAAGUCUGACGAGCAGCUCUCCUCUCUGGACCGCGACAGCGGCCAGUGCUCCCGCAACACAAGCUGUGAAACCCUGGAUCAAUCAGAUCACUAUGAUCCAGACUAUGAAUUCCUGCAGCAAGACCUCUCCAAUGCUGAUCAGAUACCUCAGCAGGGGUCAAGUGUCCUCAGCCCAUUGCCAGAGUCCUUGGGUGAGUCUGGCUCCCCUUUCCAUGGACAGACUUUCCAGCUCCCGCAGGGCAGCUCUCCUCCACUGGAAUUCUGCAGCCUCUCGGGAGCAGCACAACCAACAGAGACUCCCCCAGCUUUACCAGAGAAGAAGAGGAGGAGUGCAGCCUCCCAGACUUCAGAUAACUCGGGCUGCAGGGUGUCCUACGAGAGGCACCCCUCCCAGUACGACAACAUCUCCGAGGAUGACCUGCAGAACGCCGCGGUGGUCCCGACAAUGCCCUUCACACCCUUUGCUGCUGUUCUGCCUUUCCAGCAAGGAAACUCUUCAGCACCAGUGGAAUUCAUUGCUGAUUUUGCUGCUCCAGAUUCGAACAGUGACCCAGAAAAGCCUCCACCUCUGCCAGAGAAGAAAAACAAACACAUGAUGGCCUACAUGCAGUUUGUGGAAGAUUACUCAGAGCCACAGCCGUCCAUGUUCUACCAGACCCCUCAGAACGAGCACAUCUACCAGAAGAAGAACAAGUACCUCAGGGAAGUCUAUGGGAUCAAUGACUCCUUCAUCAGCUUAGACCCCUCUCAAGAUGUGGCACCUCCUCCUGCUCUCCCACCGAAGCAGAGGCAGCUGCAGGCCUCCUAUGCUGCCUCUUCUUUCUCUUCUGUCUCCUACUGUGUCCAGCAACCUAAAGUGCCCUUCACCCCCGAGGACUGCGGUGCCACUCAGGGCCUCACUGUGUCAGUCUCUAACUCCUUUCUCAGCCGGCACAGCUCCUUUCCUGUGCACUCGUACAAAUCUGUGUUUAGGUCCUACUCCCAGGACUUUGUGCCUCACAACCAAGUCUCCAUACCUCCUUUCCUCUCUUCUACCUCCUCCUGCUCCACCCCACCAUUUCCACCUGUCCACGCAUCCCAGAGCCCUGACCUAGAAGUGCCCGCUGCAGCCAGCCAGUCCCCCAGCACUGUGGAUGUGCCAAACUCCUCUUCUCAGGAGAGCAGCUUUAACGGGAAUGCUCCUGUCUGCCUUCCUUCUGAAACCUCUUUCACUGAUUCUCUCCAGACGCCUUCGAGUGAAAAUGCCAGUGAGGAGGCUGGUGAGGGUGAAUAUGUCAAUCUGUAUUCCUCUGGCCAGAGCAACGGGGAACUCCCUCGCUCUGAAGGAGAAUCUCCCCCUGUCAAAGACAGCCACUGCAAAGACUCUCCUUUGAACAGCAGUGCCAUGGGGAAGGAGGGCAAAGAUGGUGCUGAAAGGCAGCCACAGUCACCAGAUACUUUGGAGUCAUCACAGCUGGAGGAAGAGGUAGAUGAGCUGUCCCUUAUUGACCACAGUGAAAUCAUGUCUAGAUUAACACUGAAGCAAGAGGGGGAUGAUGGGCCAGAUGUCCGUGGUGGAUCUGGAGACAUUCUGUUGGUGCACGCCACGGAGACCGACAGGAAAGAUCUGGUGCUGUACUGUGAAGCCUUUCUGACUACGUACAGGACGUUUAUUACCCCAGAAGAGCUCAUCAAGAAGCUGCAGUACAGAUAUGAGAAGUUUUGCCACUUCCCAGACACGUUCAAGAAGCGAGUCAGUAAAAACACCUUCUUCGUGCUGGUGCGAGUGGUGGAUGAGCUCUGCUUGGUGGAAUUGACAGAGGAAAUCCUCAAGCUGCUGAUGGACCUGGUGUUCAGGCUGGUGUGCAGUGGGGAGCUGAGCCUGGCCAGAGUGCUGCGCAAGAACAUCCUGGAUAAAGUGGAUCAGAAGAAAAUGCUGAGCUAUGCCAACUCCAUCAAACCUCUCGCGGCCAGAGGGGUGGCAGCCAGGCCAGGGACACUGCAUGAUUUCCACAGUCAUGAAAUAGCCGAGCAGCUGACCCUGCUGGAUGCUGAACUCUUCUAUAAAAUCGAGAUCCCAGAAGUUCUGCUUUGGGCAAAGGAACAAAAUGAAGAGAAGAGUCCCAACCUGACACAGUUCACAGAGCACUUUAAUAACAUGUCCUACUGGGUUCGUUCAAUAAUUAUGCUACAAGAGAAAGCCCAGGACCGAGAGAGGCUGCUCCUUAAAUUUAUAAAGAUUAUGAAGCACUUACGAAAGCUGAAUAAUUUUAAUUCCUAUCUGGCCAUUCUUUCUGCACUGGAUUCUGCACCCAUCCGAAGGCUGGAGUGGCAGAAGCAAACCUCAGAGGGCCUGGCUGAGUACUGCACCCUGAUCGACAGCUCCUCGUCCUUCCGCGCCUACCGAGCAGCCCUGGCUGAUGUGGAGCCCCCCUGCAUCCCCUACCUAGGCCUGAUUCUGCAGGACCUGACCUUUGUCCAUCUGGGAAACCCUGAUUACAUUGACAGCAAAGUGAACUUUUCCAAGCGUUGGCAGCAGUUUAACAUCCUGGACAGCAUGAGGUGCUUCCAGCAAGUACAUUACGACAUCAAAAGGAAUGAUGACAUAGUGUCAUUCUUCAACGACUUCAGCGACCACCUGGCCGAGGAGGCCCUGUGGGAACUGUCCCUGAAAAUCAAACCUCGGAACAUCACGAGGCGGAAAACAGAUCGGGAAGAGAAAACCUAG